AUGACAAGAGAAGGUUGUCAGAACGCCGCCUCCACACCUGCUUCUCAGUCAACAUCAAUGAAGGAACCACAUGUUUCUUUGGAUCUUCUGGUAGAAAUCUUGUCCAAGCUUCGCGUGAAGCAGCUCAUUACUCUCCGUUGCGUCUGCAAAGCAUGGAAUGAUCUCAUCUCUGGAGAUUCCAACUUGGCCAAGAAGCAUCUUCUUGUAUCAACCUGUAACCAAGACUGCCACCACAUCAUCACAAGCUCUCAGCACAUGCCACCUGAGUUUCUUCUAUCUGGUUCCCCAUUCACCUCAAUCUUCGGCCCCACGUCGCACCCUACACAGUUCAGGUUACCUAAUUGUGUUGGUAUUUUGUGCAAUCCUUCAAUUAGAAAGUUAAAGAUAUUGCCACCUCUAAAUUCUUCUGUAAUAUCAUAUACAUUAGGGUAUGAUUGCAAUAACUAUAAAGUUAUUGCUCUUACUAAGGGCAUUGGCAGAGUACACGUCCAUGUUCAUGCAUUUGGCACAGAUUCUUGGAGAAUGAUUGAGGACUUCCCAGAUCCUAACUUCAUAAGUUAUGCACCGGGAACCAUUCUCAAUAACUACGUUAAUUGGUUGGCAUCUGGAUUUAUAGUUUCUCUUGAUUUAAAGUCGGAGUCAUAUCAAAAAAUUUCAUUGCCUGCUGAUAUCCGUAUCCCUAAUAGUACCAUAGGCACAUUCAGUGGUUGUUUGUCCCUCGUUACUGACAGGUUUGGUCUUGGGUUUCUUACUGUUUGGAUAAUGAAGGAAUUUGGAAAUGGUGAUUCUUGGAGUAUCCGUGUAGAUGUUCCUCCCGGGGUGAUUAUGGCCAUAGGAUAUUAUGUGAUUCAGAAGAUGCCGUGUUGCUGCAGUGGCGCAAGAGGGAGAAACUUAAGUUGA